CACAAAAAAUGAUAAAUAAUCAAGAUUAUGAAAAACAAGCUACCUUCUUCGUGAUAUUUCUUUACAUAUAAUUAUCUCUUCAUAAAAUAAAACCAAAAUUCACACUGAGAGAUCUUUAAGUUCACAAAGAUUUUAAAGAAAGAAUUAAAAAAAUUUAGAAGCAGCAUUUGUUUUCUUGAAGAAGAUGAAGUUCGGAAAAGAAUUUGCAGCACAAAUGGUGCAAGAAUGGCAAGAAGCAUACAUGGAUUACAACUACCUCAAAACAAUCUUGAAAGAUAUACUUCAUUUCAAACAGAGAAACUCAGCACCAUCUCCCAUGGCACAAACUUCAAACUCAGCUGCUUCUUUUCAAAGAAGAGUCUCUUUCUACAGAGCUUUUAGCGGCUUAACAGGCAGGUACAGAGGUUCUCCGAGAAAGAACAGUGGUGAAGAAGAUGAUGAUGAAGUGAUACUAAUAAGUUCAGUUCAAGAUCAAGAAGGAGACGAAGGAGAAUAUGGUAAUUACCAGACUACGUUCUUGAAUGCAGCAGAGGAAGGAGGAGACUCUCAGCUUUUGUUCUUUAGAAAACUUGAUGUUGAGUUUAAUAAAGUUGUUAAGUUUUAUAAGAAGAAAGUGAAAAACGUUAUGGGGGAGGCUGAUGAUUUGAGCAGACAAAUGGAUGCUUUAAUUGCGCUGCGAAUUAAAGUAGAGAAUCCGGUUGUCGGAGGAGCUAGUAUCCAUGGAGUUUCGUCUCUUUCACCUUCGAUUGUUCAUCCCAUCAAUGGUAGAAACACAGGAUGGUCGCAAAUGGAAGUGAUUCAAGAAGUUGAGAUGAGCAAUGGAGUGAAUUCAGAUGAAAGAAGUAGUGAUGAUGAUGACAACUCUACAAGAAGCAAUAACAGCAUCGAGGGGUUUAGACCAGCUUCAUUAGAAGUUCUUGAUCAUGUAAAAAUUAAUGUUGAAUCUGAAACUCCAGUUUCUACAAUGAAGAAUAUAAUCUCGAGUUCAAGAUCCGACUUGUCGUACAGCAAGGUAGAAUUGAGGAAAGCAGAACAACUUAUGACUCAAGCUUUUAUCACAUUCUAUCAUAAACUUCAACUUCUGAAAAGCUACUGUUUCUUGAACCAAUUAGCAUUUUCCAAGAUCAUGAAAAAAUAUGACAAGAUAACUUCAAGAAACGCUUCGAGAGCUUACCUGAAUAUGGUGGAUAACUCUUACCUUGGAACCUCUGAAGAAGUUAAUAAACUCAUGGAAAGAACUGAGGCCACAUUCAUCAAGCAUUUCGCAAAUGGAAAUCGCAGAAUAGGAAUGCGAACUUUAAGGCCAACAGCUAAAAGGGAACGGCACAGAAUUACAUUUUCAUUAGGUUUCUUCUUUGGUUGCACAAUAGCACUUCUAAUAGCACUUAUUAUUCUGAUACAUGCAAGAGAUAUUCUUAAUAGUGAAGGAGGUCCAAAAUAUAUGGAAAAUAUGUUUCCACUUUACUCAUUGUUUGGAUUUAUAGUUCUGCACAUGCUGUUAUAUGCUGCAAACAUAUAUUUUUGGAAACGAUAUCGGAUCAAUUACGCCUUCAUUUUUGGAUUCAAGCAAGGAACAGAAUUGAGUUAUAGAAAAGUGCUUCUUAUAAGUUCAUGUCUAUCAGUACUCACUUUAGGUGCUGUCAUCUCAAACUUGGAUAUGGAGAUGGAUACAAGAACAAAAAGCUUCCAAGCAAUUACAGAAUUAGUCCCUUUAGGCCUACUCAUACUUGUUCUUCUUAUAACAUUCUGUCCUUUCAAUAUCAUAUAUCGAUCGAGUCGGUUUUUCUUGAUCCAAUGUGCUUUUCAUUGUAUUCUUGCUCCUCUUUAUAAGGUUACGCUCCCGGAUUUUUUCUUGGCAGAUCAGCUCACUAGCCAGGUGCAAGCACUCAGGAAUUUGGAAUUCUAUGUUUGUUACUACGGAUGGGGAGAUUUCAAAACGAGAACAAAUACUUGCAGAGAUAGCAAAGUUUUCGAAAUCUUUUAUUUUCUAGUGGCUAUGAUUCCAUAUUGGACUCGUUUCCUUCAGUGUCUUCGCCGGUUGUUUGAAGAGAAAGAUUCAAUGCAAUUCUAUAACGCAAUCAAGUACUUAUUAAUUGUCGUCGCGGUUGCCAUGAGGACAUUGUACGACUUCAGAAAGGAAACGUUUUGGAUGAUUUUUGCAGCAGCAACAUCAGGUGUUGCAACAAUUAUUGCUACAUAUUGGGAUAUAGUGAUAGACUGGGGUCUUUUGCGACGAGAUUCGAAAAAUCCAUGGUUGAGAGAUAAACUUGUUAUACAAAACAGAAGUGUUUACUUUAUAGCAAUGGGUUUGAAUGUUGUGUUAAGGCUUGCUUGGAUGCAGACAGUUUUAGGUUUUACAGAAACACCUUUUUUGCAUAGGACAGCCUUAACUGCAAUCGUUGCCUGCUUGGAGAUUAUCCGGCGUGGCAUAUGGAAUUUCUUCAGGUUGGAGAAUGAGCACUUGAACAAUGUUGGGAAAUAUAGGGCAUUCAAGUCAGUGCCCUUGCCUUUUUCCUAUGAAAAUGGGCAUCAAGACAAAAGAGUGUGAUCAAGAAGAAAAAGCAACAUCAAUUUUUGAUUUGUAUUUGUUUCUCAAUUUAAUUCAUUUUUUGAUUUUAUUUUUGUUGAGUGGAAGUGAAGUGUAAAAUACAAGAAAAGAAAAAAUAUAUGCAGAUAAAAGUUACCCAAA